UCCAAAGACACUUAAAGGCACAAGCUCGGUUAAUACAGUUCAAAAAAGACGAGAAUCGAAGAUGAUUACAAGCCUGCCAUUGUAACCUCAUCGCCAGUGCCAAUUAAACUGCGAUAGAACUAAAACCUGUCAAGUUUUUUUCAUUUCAGUGAGAUAAGCUUCGCAAGAUGCUCCCGCAUAUCAUGGUGCAUUUCUUCUUCGUCAUUCUGGUCAAAGCUGAAAAUGGAGAUGAAAGAAAAGAUGCUAUGUUUUACACUAAACAAGGUUACAUGAUUGUAGAAUCGAUAUUCAAGAAGGCGCAAGUAGGGGACACAUUUGAAUGUAUGUCUAACUGUUUGGCUGAGGAAAAAUGUGUGUCAGCGAAUUUCCAAAACCAAGGGUAUCCCAAGCACCUGUGCGCGCUGAGCAGCUCUUCUGGUGGAGUGUUGAAAACUGAUGGGUUCACGAUACUUCAACGGAUGCCGCAUCCAGCUUUCCCAAAGGCCGAAUGCAGCUCUCGCUGCAAAAAUGACGUCGCGUGUGUGCCGGACUCCCUGUGGAAUGGUUACAGGUGUAAAUGUCGUCAUGACAACAAGGGCCUGUACUGCGAGGACUGGCAAGAAGAGAUCUCAUCGUGCAAAGAUAUUUAUACCAAAACCAGCCGCCGCAAGAAUAUGGUGUAUACCUUUACUUUCGACUCGAAGACGACGGAUGCUUACUGUCACAUGAGUGGUGCAUGCGCAAGUGGAGGCUGGACGCUGGUCAUGAAAACAGAUGGGAACAAGGACACGUUUAGGUACGACUCUACCCUAUGGACCAACAAAGACGAGUUCAAUCCCGAAGCAGGAAAAACCGGAUUGGAUAAAAACGAGACGAAACUGUCGUUCUACUGGAGUCAUUCAUUCCAGGAAGUCUGCCUUGGUCUACGGGUGGGCGAGGACUUGAGAUGGCUCAACUUAAAGUACAGCAGAUCAUCCCUGUAUGACGUCAUUUCUAUGACAUCCCGUACACCCACAACCGCUGGACGGGACGCCUGGCUCAGAUUGAUGGCAAACUCGUCAUUCCAAGAUAACUGCAACUUAGAGGGCUUUAACAACCGAAGAGUAAGAAUCGGGAUUCGUGGAAACAAUGAGAACGAGUGCGCAAGUCCCGAUAGUUAUAUUGGUAUUGGCUAUAGCGACGCAGUUUAUACCGGCAACUUCUGCGGUAAUUCGUGUAAUAACGGCGUAAAGAAUACAGCUGCUUUUGGUUAUAUAAUGAUCAAGUAAAACAAGCGAGUUUUGUGUAUUCACUAGCCUGCGUAGCAGCUCAAAGGAGAUUAGGCAGCUGGCCGUGCUCUCCCUCUCCCCUCGCUGCCUCUUCUUCCUUACGCUUAUACACAAAUUACAAAUUUCCUUGAAUCCGAAAACUCAGCAUACAGUUUUGAUCUUGAUUGUAUAAACAGCAUGAAAUAAUAGGCGGUGCCGUAAACGUUGUUAAGAAAAGUAGAACAAUAAAUAAAUCAGGUUGUU